UCAUACCAAUAGUUGGAACACAGGUUGGGUCGGGUUCUACGUGUUGUGUAAUCCAAAAUUCAAGCCUAACCCAAAAGAUGCGGGUUGUAAAAAAAUCCCUCACACAAUCCAAAACCUUGGUUUUAUCGAUAAAUACGGUGUGUUGGAUCGGAUUAGACGGGUGAAUCGGUUUACGAGUGUCUUUCUCCACCCCUAACUGGCAUGACAACCAGGCAGAGAAAAGUUUUCGGAAUUUUCUUUUCCUAUCGUUCCAUAUAGAUUAUGCUGGUUUUAGCAGCAAUGUUCAACUCCGAAGGGCUUCUUGUGGCGGCUGUUUCCUACUGGCCGGACGGUUCCACCGCAAUUCCGGCGCAUCAAUUUCUGGAAAGAAUGAGGGACCCGGAAAUGGAGACAAACCAAGAGGAUGCGACAAGGUUCCUUGCUCGGUCUCGGUUCUUCAAAUUGAUGAACUUCACCACUUGCCUUGGAUUUGAAUUGAGCUUGUUUCUAGAGCGAUUUCUAAAACCAGGCUUCGCAAUCGCAGACGGAAGCAAAAAAGUUUGAUGUGCGACUGCGAGAUGACGACUUGAACUCUUUUCCAAGACGAACUGGACCAAAGGGGAAAAAACAAAACAAAAAUUCAUCGUGGAUUCCAAUAAUACAGGUAUGCCUUUAACUAUUCCAUUUUUUCACGCACAUUGAGCAUAUGUCAAUCUCACAAAGGGACAGAUAGUGAAACGGAUGACUUGGAAGUGUGAGAACAACGUUGGCCAUAUAGCUGGAGCAGAGUAGUAUUCUCACUUGAAUUGUUGAUUGAUUGCUACAUUGGAAUCAUUAGAAUAAUAAGCCGGCUACUCUUAGGUCGUUGAUCUCCAGGAAAAGGAUAGAGAGGUGACAAGAAGGGAGACAAUUGAGCCGGCCAGAUGCCUGCCGAUGUCAAUGUCAUGGAUGACAAUGCUUAAUUAUCAUCAUGCAUAUAAUAGGGUAGUUCGAAGGUCAAUUACCAUUUCUAUGAGCAUGAGUUUUUUUCAGCUGAGUAGCAGGAAAUAGCGUAAAAUGGGCAGGAAAGGUGGCAUCUUUCGCUGUGCAGAUGGCACAGACAAGUUCUUGAUGAUUGUUGGUGCUUUAGGUAGCAUUGGAGAUGGGUUACAGUAUCCUCUCUCGACAUUUGUUCUAAGUUUUGUGAUGAACGACUAUGGUACUCCAAAUAAUCCGUUAUCGAAAGAUACUGUUGAUAAGUACGCACUCAAGCUUCUUUAUGUUGCUAUUGGAGUUGGAGUAUCUGCUUUUGUCGAAGGACUGUGCUGGACAAGAACAGCUGAAAGGCAGACUUCCAGAAUGAGAAUGGAAUAUCUGAGGUCUGUACUGAGGCAAGAAGUUGGUUUCUUUGAUACCCAAGAAAGUGGUUCUUCAAUAACAUAUCAAGUUGUCUCAACCAUCUCCAAUGAUGCCAAUUCAAUCCAAGUUGCAAUAUGUGACAAGAUUCCAAACUCCCUUGCAUAUGUAGCAACAUUCAUCUCUUGCAUUGUGGUCUCGUUCAUUGUAUCCUGGAGGCUUGCUCUUGCUGCUCUUCCCUUAAUGGUGCUGUUUGUCGGCCCCUGUCUUAUGUUUGGGAAGAUCAUGACUGAUUCACUGAUGCAGAAGCUUGAAACUUAUGCCGCUGCUGGUGGCAUUGCAGAACAAGCAAUUUCAUCAAUCAGAACUGUAUACUCUUAUGUAGCGGAGCGUGAAACACUGGAGAAGUUCAGCAAUGCACUUCAGAAGACCCUGGAUUUGGGCAUAAAGCAAGGUCUUGCGAAGGGGAUCAUGAUGGGGUGCAUUGGAAUUAUUUACUUGGGUUGGGCUUUUGAGGCUUGGUUUGGUGGUUAUCUGGCGACUGAAAAGGGACAAAAGGGUGGCUCCCUUUUUGUGGCCUCAGUGAAUGUCAUUAUGGCAGGAAUGAGCGUAAUGAGUGUAUUGCCAAAUCUAGCAUCCGUUGCUGAAGCAACUGAUGCUGCUACUCGUAUUUUUGAAUUGAUUGAUAGAGCUCCUCAGAUAGACUCAGAAGACAAGAAAGGGAAAGCUUUGUCUCAUGUAAGAGGGGAAGUUGUAUUUAAGGCCAUCCAUUUUUCUUACCCCUCAAGGCCUGAUACUCCAGUCUUAGAAGGAUUGAAUCUUACUAUUCCUGCUGGUAAGACAAUUGGUCUUGUGGGUGGCAGUGGUUCGGGGAAGUCCACAAUCAUUUCAUUGCUUCAGAGGUUUUACGACCCUAUUCACGGUGAAAUCCUCUUAGAUGGGCACGCAAUUAAAAAACUUCAGUUAAAAUGGUUAAGAUCACAGAUGGGUUUGGUUAAUCAAGAGCCUGUCCUGUUUGCGACAUCUAUAUUAGAGAAUAUAUUGUUUGGUAGCGAAGGAGCCUCAACGGACAAUGUGGUGAAUGCUGCCAAGGCAGCAAAUGCCCAUGAUUUCAUUGUUAAGCUACCUGAUGGAUAUGACACCCAGGUUGGACAAUUUGGGUUCCAAAUGUCUGGCGGGCAAAAGCAGAGAAUCGCCAUAGCAAGAGCACUUAUUAGAGAACCAAAAAUCUUGCUGCUUGAUGAAGCAACUAGUGCUCUUGAUACCGAAUCUGAAGGAAUUGUGCAGGCUGCAAUUGAUCAGGCAUCCAAAGGUCGGACAACAAUCACUGUUGCUCACCGUCUCUCCACAAUCAGAAAGGCAAAACUUAUUGUUGUUCUACAAGCUGGCAGAGUAGUUGAAUCAGGUUCACAUGAAGAACUAAUGCAAACAAAUGGCAGAAGAGAGGGUGGAGAAUAUUUCCGGAUGAUGCAACUGCAACAGACGUUAGUCGUACAAAAUGAAGAUCCUGAUGAUAAUUAUGAUUACAAAGUCGAGGGUAAAAACUUGUCUAGAACAUCUACACCGGGCCGGCAUAGUUGGAGGUUAACUGCUCCGGGCACCCCAAUAUCAAAUGCAUCUACUCCAAGGCGAAUCAGCUGGAGGUCAACUGCUCCAGGCACUCCAAUGUCAAAUCUUUCAAGUCCUACUACAUCCAUUGGCACUCCAUAUUCCUACUCUCUACAGUAUGAUAUUUCUGAGGCAAGCGAUGAAGAAGACUUUGAAAGCUAUUACCCUGUUCCUUCUCUGUGGAGGUUGCUGGAGAUGAAUGCUCCAGAAUGGGGCUCCGGCUUGAUUGGAUGUAUGGCUGCAAUAGGCGGAGGAGUAUCCCAGUCAAUAAAUGCUUAUUUUGUGGGAUUACUCGUGGCAACCUUGUUUGGCACAGACAAAGCUGCUGUAAAGCACAAGUGCACAACCUUGUCCUUCAUUUUCCUAGGCCUUGCUGCAUUCAAUUUCGUCACUAGUCUCCUCCAGCACUAUUGUUUUGCUAUAAUGGGCGAAAGCUUGACGAAAAGAGUGCGGGAGAAACUGCUGGGGAAGCUCCUGAGUUUCGAGAUAGGGUGGUUCGACGAAGAUGAGAACACAAGUGCAGCGAUUUGUGCAAGGCUAGCCACUGAAGCUAACAUGGUUCGGUCCCUGGUUGGUGAUCGCAUAUCUCUGUUGGUUCAGGCAUUCUUUGGAUCACUCUCUGCUUAUUUACUGGCACUUGUCCUCUCAUGGAGGCUAGGCCUUGUCCUGCUCGCAGUACAACCCAUAGUUAUUGGAAGCUAUUAUUCUCGGUCAGUUGUGACGAAAAGCAUGGCAGGAAAAGCACGCAAGGCGCAGAAGGAAGGAAGUCAAAUAGCAAGCGAAGCUGUGAUUAACCACAGAACCAUAACUGCAUUCUCAUCCCAGAAGAGAAUUCUUGGCCUCUUCAAGUCCACCUUGAGAGGACCUAAAGAAGAGAGUGUUAGACAUUCUUAUCUGUCAGGCAUUGGCCUCUUUAGCUCUCAAUUCUUCAAUACGGCAUCAAUUGCUGUAGGUUACUGGUACGGUGGGAGGCUUUUGACGGAGGGGCAGAUUGAGGCACAACAGCUCUUCCAGUCAUAUCUGGCAGUUGUCUUCUCUGGUUAUGUAAUAGCAGAAGCUGGAAGUAUGACCAGCGACAUAUCUAAAGGCAGGACUGCAGUUCAAGCUGUGUUCGAGAUCAUGGACAGGAAUACUGAAAUCGAUCCCGAGAGCUCUCAGAGAUCAACCUCUAAAAAGGAAAUGAGGGGCAAAGUUGAGCUGAAAGAUGUCUUCUUUGUGUAUCCAACACGACCCGACUCAAUUAUAUUGAAGGGCCUAAACCUGAAGAUUGAACCAGGAAAGACCGUAGCACUUGUUGGGCCAAGUGGGUCUGGAAAAUCGACAAUCAUUGGUAUCAUUGAAAGGUUCUACGACCCUUUGAGGGGAACAGUCUUAAUUGAUGGCAAGGACAUAAAGGGCUACAAUCUGAGAUGGCUGAGAUCUCAUAUUGCAUUGGUGAGUCAAGAGCCAAGCUUGUUUGCAGGAACUAUCCGGGAAAACAUUGCCUACGGUAAGCAGGAUGCACAAGAAUCCGAGAUAGAAAAUGCUGCACUUCUUGCCAAUGCUCAUGAAUUUAUCAGCGGAAUGAGCGAGGGGUAUGAUACAUAUUGUGGAGAAAGAGGAGUUCAGUUAUCCGGCGGCCAGAAACAAAGGGUGGCACUUGCCCGUGCCAUACUGAAGAAUCCGAAAAUCCUUCUGCUGGACGAGGCAACGAGUGCCCUCGACAGUUUCUCGGAGAACUUGGUCCAAGAGGCACUGGAGAAGAUGUUGGUUGGCAGAACUUGCAUAGUGGUAGCUCACCGGCUGUCGACAAUUCAGAAGUCGGACAGCAUUGCCGUGAUAAAAAAUGGUCAAGUUGCAGAGAAAGGCUCACACAAUGAGCUCAUGUCGCUGGGACAGGAAGGAGUGUAUUACUCUCUCAUCAGACCACAAGAAGCAGCGAGCAACAGCUCCCGUUUUCAUUGAUGAAAUCAGAGAUUAGAUCAUGAACUUUCUUGUCCGGACUUUGUUAACUAUUCUCAGCUCCCUUGUUCUUUUUGUCAAAUCUCAGCUUAAUAUAUCUGUGGUAUAGGA